AUGGUUGGUGAUAUUGUUGUAGAGAAGCAGGUGGAAGCCAAAUCAUCCUAUGGGGAAGAUGACGGCUAUUGGCCUUGGAUGCUGAUUAUUGAAGAAGAUGACAUCUCCGACCAAAAAGUUGAAGCUCGAUCUAUUAUGAGUAAUUCGUUUGAGGCUUUUGAUAAGGAAAAGUUGAUACGUUUAGCAAAGUUCUAUCCAUCUGAUUUUCCUGGUACAGAUAUCCUGGCACUUGGCCCUCAAUUUCAGAAUUACAUUUUUGAUAUGCGCAACAAUGACUUGUUUUUAGAGCUUCAAAGAGUUGGUGAACUUGCUGAAAAGUUAGUGAAGACAGGGAAGUAUGACACUUAUCCAUUAGUCUAUUUGCUUAUAAAGUUAGUUUCGACCCUUUCUGAAGUUUUUCAACAAUGA